GGCGGGGAAGAGCUGCGCGUUCGCGCAAGGCCCGGGGAGGCCAGGGGCGGGGUCCCCGGGAGCCCAGACCCCGAGCGGCAGGGACCCGCUGAGAUCCAGAGCCUGCGGGCCUGGAGGCGUAGGAGUCGGGGGAGGGGCAGGGCGGGCCGAGGCCUGGAAAGGCCGGGGCGGGGCUUGGGGUGGCCCAGCAGUCGCCUCCUCUUCUCCCCGCCGUACUGGCGCUGGCGGUGGCGGUGGCGGUGACAGUGGCGGCGCAGGAACCCGGCGAGCACCGGCCCCGCUCCCGCCCCAGCCGAAGUCGAAGCUGCAGCCGGCGCCGGGCCGGGGCCAUGGGAGCCCCGCGCUGCCCGGGUCAUGAGGACAGAGGCGGAGGCAGAGGGGCCACCACUGGAGUCCGGGGACUUUGUGCAGCUGCCUGUGCCCAUCAUCCAGCAGCUCUACCACUGGGACUGCGGCCUGGCCUGCUCCAGGAUGGUGCUGCGAUACCUGGGCCAGCUGGACGACAGUGAGUUUGAGAGUGCCCUGCGGGAGCUGCGGCUAACCAAGAGCAUCUGGACCAUUGACCUGGCCUACCUGAUGCGCCACUUUGGCGUGAGGCACCGCUUCUGCACCCAGACCCUGGGCGUCGACAAGGGCUACAAGAACCAGUCCUUCUACAGGAAGCACUUUGACACCGAGGAGACCCGGGUGAACCAGCUGUUUGCACAAGCCAAAGCCUGCAAGGUGCUGGUGGAGAAAUGCACAGUCAGCGUGCAGGACAUCCAAGCGCACCUGGCACAGGGCCACGUGGCCAUCGUGCUGGUGAACUCGGGGGUGUUGCACUGUGACCUCUGCUCCAGCCCCGUCAAGUACUGCUGCUUCGCUCCCAGCGGCCACCGCUGCUUCUGCCGCACCCCCGACUACCAGGGCCACUUCAUCGUGCUGCGUGGCUACAACCGGGCCACCGGCUGCAUCUUCUACAACAACCCAGCCUACGCCGACCGAAUGUGCAGCACUAGCCUCAGUAACUUCGAGGAGGCCAGAACCAGCUACGGCACGGACGAGGACAUCCUCUUUGUCUACUUGGACAGCUGACGGCGGGAGCCCACUGUGCCCGCCCCGCCGGGCUCACUCAGGAGGCCCUGGCCCUGGCCUGGGCUCCCGGGCUCUGGUGUGGAGCUGCCGCCUCUGCCAGGAGCUCCAGGAGGCUGAGGCCUGCCUGCUUAAUCCACCAGCGCUGAUUUCAUCCUGCCCCUUCCCUCACACAACUGUAGUGGCUAGAGGGACCCCAGAGCAUCUGCGUAGAGGUACCCCAGAGCAUCUGCGUGGAGCUCCCCCAGGACCCCAAGCCCAACUCCAGCUGUGCCCAGGAGAUGCCCACCCUUGCGGGUGCCCACGUGGCCUGCCCACCAGACCCAGGGCAGGGGGAGGAGUCUGAGCCCGUCUCCCCAUAGGCCUGGUGGUUGAGCCCUGGAGACAGAUGUUGUCAGGGCGGCGUGUUUGUUUGGAUACUGUAGCUGAGCUCAGCCCCAGGGGCUGCAGACUCUCCGGGCCUCCUCUGGGACAGAAGUGCUGCAGACCCCGUGCCCUGUGGUGGUUGCCAGGCCUCUGGCCCCUGGGGAGGGCUGGACCUCAGGCAGAAAGGACUCUGAGGGCCCUGUGGCCUUCUGGGUACUCCAGCUCGAGAGGGUUGGGGCUUGGGAAGUGGGUGGGACCCUGGUUCCUGCUGGCAGGCAGUGCUCAAGAACAACUGAGCCCAAGGGCCAGGAAUGGCUGCCUGGGCCUAGCGAUCCACCGGCCCCGGGACCUCCUGACAGCAGCCUGGGUCCUGGUGGUGGGGUCUGCCUCUGAGAGUGGGGAGCCGCAAGGGUUGGGCUCAGGGGCUUUGGGCCUGAGGCAGUGGCUGGGGGCAGCCUUGGCCUCCCACCCACCCUGGUGUUCACACCAGGGCCUUUUGCACAGUGUUGGGUCUCAUGUCUUGACAGAGAAGGGUGAUGGCCACCCGGGAUCUCACAGCACAGCAUGUGGCGUGGACAGAGCUGUGUCCUUUUUCUUUCUUCUUUUGGGGUUGGGGGGAGUGGUUUUUUUGAGAUUUAAGUUUUCACUUUAUGGGAGUGAGACUCAUCCUCAAGUAAGACAGUAACAGUGAGAUCACAGGUACUUUGGAACCACUGACACCUCUCUUCACAGCCCACGCUCUCCUUCUAAGAGAAGGGCACUCACGGAUGGCGGGCUGCGUGCUGGGGCCCCUCUCCGUAUGGACAGAAACCCAGCCCAGGACCAUGGUGGAGCUGGGUCUUGAACUCAGGUCUGCACCUAAAAAACAAGGGAAAUGGAUUAUUCCCAGAGGGGCUGGGGACCCCCCACCCCUCAAGGGUUGCCUCAGGCUAGGGGGGUCGGGGAGCCCCAACAGCCACAACACCCUGGCCCCUCCGUGUCUUGGUCUUCCAGUGCCCGAGGCACGCGGCGGCGGCAGCUGCUGCCCCUCCCCCAGACUGUAAACCACACUCAGCAUCUGCCCCGCGUACUCCUCCCCCCAGAUUGUGGCGGCUCUGAGGGGCAGGGGUGGGCUCCGUCGCUGAGGGCUGUCAGACCACCCAGCUGUAUUGCUCCUCAACACCCGGCAGCCUUGGCUGUUGGGGAGGGGCUGUUGGCUGGGCAGCCACCCUGGGUUUCAGAGACUAGCGAUGCCUUCAGGCUGCUCUUAUCACCAUGGCCUUAAUGCUGGGUGGCCCACGAUCCCAGGGAGCUCUGGUUCCCAUGCCCAGGGGUACCACGUGUGAAAGCUGUGGGGCUUGGGUGUCCUUAAGAGGGGUCGGGGUAAAACUGCCGAGAAUGGAUGUGUCAAGGGAAACAAUGAGAGGAAGCAAAGCUUUGGGGCUGGCUGCACAUGAGGGGGCCCUGACAUGGAGGGCAGCCUCCACCCAUCUUUUAGAGACAUUCAGUCCCUGGGCUGGGAGGAGGGCUUCCCGGGACAAGCCACGGGUUGGAGGUCACCCUCCCGGAAGUUCACGAGAGCUGCCUGUCAUUGCGACGGUGCUGUCUGCCUGGGAAGCAUCACGGAGGCAGGAUGCAAGCCUCGUUGGGUCAUGUUCCUGCAGAAGUCAUGAAAAUGGGGCUGGAGACAGCCUGGACAGCAGGCACCCUGCCUACAGCCACCUCGACCCCUGUCCGCACUCAGGGGGCUGAGUGCAGCCCCAGGCCACGCUGUUCACUCCAGCCACAUGGGGAUAAAAGGGAUCUUUUGCAUUGCAGAGAUUUUAUACAUAAAUAUAUUUUGUUUGUAAUGAGCCAUUCUCAAUAAACAUCCUCACUGCAAAA